GCCGUCGGUGUAACAUCGAAAAUAAUCAGCUUAAGAGAGGUGUCGAAAAACGGUGGUUGGUGUUCUCCAAAUUUGGAAAAAAAUAAGUGUCGUGUCGUUUCACCCUCGGAGCAUUGCUAAAUAAAAAACUGGAUAGGUAAUGCCGUGGACCGAGUACGUACAGUGAUUGUUGGUCGGAGAGUAAAAAAUCUUCAGUAAUUCCACACAGGGGUAAUUCGGAUACCAAGUGAUUUUUUAUCGUUCUUCCCCCGAAAAGGGAUAAUUUCGAAAACGUUCUCAAAAUUGAUUCAGUGCGUUUUACGGUCUCCCCUCGAAGAGCAGGAGGACCUCUGCCCUCUAGUGUGUCAGAAGAAAUUUUAAAUGGAGUGAACUCUAGGUAUAAUAUCGAUAAAGUGUUAUUGGAAUAAUAAUAAUAGGUGAAUCGGCCUGAGUAUCGGUAAGUCCCAAAAUAGGGGCAGGUGUCUCGUUGGAGGGUGGGACCAUUAAAAAUUGCACAAAUGACGGACAUAAGCAGUAUAGGCAUGGUGUCUUAUUACAAUCCGCUGACCAUGUACAGAGGUCAGCAGACGGGAAGUCAGCAGGCAUUGGGCCCCGUUCAGCAAGGGGCCCCAGGUCAAGCAAGUGGACAAGGCCAGCAAGGGGUGGUGUCAGACAGUACCGGUCAGCAAUAUUGGUACACGUAUGGGUCCCAUGGUAGCUACGGGGCCCAUCAUCAGAACCCUGGGGCCCAGCAGUACCUAGACCAUCCAGACGUCCUGUGGCCACCGCACCCCCAUCCGGCUCAUCACUAUUCCCAUCACUUGCAAUAUCAGCAUCAUCACCAUCAUCACCAUCAGGCCUAUCCCCAUCAGCAAAUACAACCCGAGUGGACCAGUGGCGACGAGACCAGCGGAAACGCUGGGAAUAACGGAAACCCCGUGGGUACCGGUGAACCAAGUCCACCAAUUACCGUGAGCGGAAGUGAGAUUAGCAGCCCCGGUACGCCGGCUACACCACCUGCCAAUGGCAGCGGACCCAAUGGGACUAACACGGCGGCCACCACGACUCCCGUCAGACCCGCGCAAAUUCGCAGCCCUUACGAGUGGAUGAAAAAACCAUCUUACCAGAGUCAACCUAAUCCAGGAAAAACGAGGACAAAGGAUAAGUACAGGGUGGUUUAUACGGACCAACAAAGACUCGAGCUGGAGAAGGAGUUUCACUACAGCCGUUACAUUACAAUUCGUCGUAAGGCCGAGCUCGCAGCAACUUUGGCACUCUCGGAGCGUCAGGUCAAAAUUUGGUUUCAAAAUCGACGAGCGAAGGAACGCAAGCAAGUGAAAAAACGUGAGGAGUUGGAGCAAAAGGACUCGAAGCCAAGUACAGACGCCCUGAACGGUGCCGCGAGUGGAGGUAUGGCCAGUUUAGCAGCGUUAGGCGGAAUGGGAGGGAUGCUCGGCGGACUUAUGCAUAAUGGUGGGUCCCCACCUUUGGGUCUGGGCCCACCCCACUCGUUGGCAGCUCUUGGCCACUCGCCAGCAUCUCUUCAUUCCCACUCACAUCAGCACAGCCAUCCCGCCCAUACGCUCGCCGGAUUGUGACCGGAUGAUACCAUGUGAUGUUUUAACUUUAAUAAUAAAAAUAAUUGUAUGUAGUUUUCAAAUGACAAAUCAUUAAGCUUACUGUAAUAACAGAUCAUCGUUUGGUUAUAAUCGAUUGUCGCACGCUAUGGAGAGACUGAACCAAUGGAACAAGAGAAAUAUGUAAAUCGGGGUAACCAGCUAAUUUCUUUUUAACUUGAAAAUUAAACACUUGUCUCAAAAAGUAUCGUAUUUGCUUUAAAGUGACUAAUUCUCAAGUAUCGUUACGGUCAACCGUCGUUUACCUCGAGUAAGGAUUUACGUGGUGUAAGUAAUACGAAAGAUCGAAACGUUAAAUUAUUUUUUUAUUUUUACUCGAGAGAUCAUAAAUAUAUAUUUUUUAAUUCAUCAUAAUAAAACGUACCCUUAAAUUCUCUUUCUUUCGAGAGAAUCAAUUUUCAUACUACCGCGUAUUUCGUUCGUCGCGCGUAAGAAAACUCAAAAUCUCCAAUUUUUAAUUAAACUGACAUCCCAAACCUUAUUUCGAGCUAAUCGUUCAUUGGCGCAGUGCUUCCCUUCGUAGCGUAAAUACGAAUUUUAAAAAUAAGCCCACCAUCGUUUUUAAGCAAUUUUGUAAAUAUUUUAUUGUAUCAUUGACAGCGAUUGUUGAAAAAAAAAUUAUCUACGAAACGUCACGUCCACAAUGUUAAUUCGGACAAUAGGAAUAUAUAUAUAUAUAUAUAUAUAUAUAUACAUACAUAUACAUAUAUAAGCUACCUACAAAAAUGCGAAUAAGAAUGUUAAUCGAUAAAAAAAUUAGAAUUAAUUAUAGUCACUGUACCGAGCACAGUUCUCAAAAAAAAGUUAUAUACAUAUAUAAAACAUUUCCCUUAGAUAUUUACGGCACACGCACGUGUUACAUUUGGUAAAAAACUAUAUUAUUAUAUGUAACAUAUAUAUGUAUAUAUACAGUCCAUUAGGUCCCACCAGCCACCCACCCACCAUCGAUACGUAAGACUCCUCCAUACAUUUACUCGGUACUUUCUUAUCUUUUAUCCUUAUCUGUCCAAUCUCCGUCAAAUUUUUAGCAUUUAUAAUAAUUAUUAAUUAAUUUAUGCUAAUCGCGUCUGUGCCUCUUUCCGUCAUUGUCCUGCAGCUUAAAUAUUCUCUCUCUCCUCCUACACCUCCCCCCCCCCUCUCUCUCUCUCUCUCUCUCUCUCUCUCUCUCUCUCAAUCUUCGUAAUUCGUUUUCUCAAGCCUCCCAUUGCGCAACGUAUAAUUAAUCUUGAAAAAGACUUUUGCAGUGGAUACGAAACAUAUCGUUGCGAAUGAAAAUAAUAAUUUUUCGAUUUCCUCCUUUCAGCAAGCAUUUACUUAAUUUACGUCUAAAGGCAAAGCAACAGUUUGAAUUUUUGGCAAUUGCGAGAGGUCGGUCGCUCAGGGAUAUAUGAAUUUUAAGCCCGCAAUAGCUAUAGGUAUACGCAUACGUAACGGUUGCUCUGCGCUCGUCGUGUUGUUUUGUUCGUGCACAAAUCAUACGAGAUAAAUGCAUGAGAUCGUCGAAGAUAUCUGAAUACGAUUUUUCACGAUAAACAACAACGCCGAUCACACCGAAUGGAAUUUAAAUGAUUUUGGACGACUCGAAAAUAUUAUUGACGACGAAGCUCGAGUUUCAUCCACGUGUUGCGUAUGACAUGCGAAAGACGUUGAAAUGACAGUGAUAAUGCUGGUCAUUGAUUUUUAUACUUGCGCAAUUAUUAUUUUCUUCUUUCCAAUGAAAAUAUAUACACGAUUCGGAGUAGUAGCACGUGGCAGCUGGUUGUGUACGUUUGAUGAAUAUAGGAAAAUAUUUUCUUUUUUUUUCAAAUAUCGAGAACGCGUGCUACUAACCUUUAAUCGCGAGUAAAUUUGACAGGCGAGGGUGGAUGGGAGGCAUUGGGGAGAAAAAAAUUUUUAAUAAAAAAACAAAGGCAACGAUGAAUUAUAAAGUGUAUAAAAAGUAUACAGGAUACACUGUACGGGAGACCGUGAAUCAACGAGUGACGGAGAGGGUAGCGAAAAAUAAAAAUAGAGUGAAAAGAGAGAGAGAGAGAGAGAGAGAGAGAGAGAGUGACAGAGAGGGGGGGAAGGUGUAUAAUUGUAAAGAGUAUGUAAGUAAACGUAAAGUAUAAGGAAUUGAUAGAGUAAAUGAGAGUCAGAGAGAAACAGAGAGAGUGUGCGUGCGUGUGUAUGAGAGAGAGAGAGAGAGGGAAUGAAUUAAUAUAUGUAAUAAAUGAAAAAUCUCACGUUAUCGUAUGUUGAAACAAAAAGUUGUACAUAUAGCACGCUUAACGAGUAAUAAGUUAUUAUCGAUCGUAUUAUUAUUAUUAAUAUUAAUGUUGAUUGCUAUCACUACUAUCAUUGCUAUUAUUAACGUGCAGACGGGCACAAAUCGCACUGGUCGAGCGGGAGCCGUGAACUUUGAACCCGGACGAUUGUAAAAUUUUCCGAGUUGACAGUCGACGUAAUCUUUCUUCUUUUAUUACAAACUAUUUUUCUCGCUUCUUCGACCUGCAGUGGCUAUUAUUAUUAUUAUCGAUUAAUUGAUCAAUUAAUUAAGCAUUAAUUAUCGCAUAUUACUAUCGCGGUGCAUUAUCACGAUUAUUAGUAUUAUUAUGUAUCAUCGAUUUGUACAGUUUAGAUAUUACUUUAUUUUUCUGUUAAUGGGGAAAAAAUAUAUAUAUAUAUAUAUAUUCAAUUGAAACAUCCACUAUAGGCACGUACGUCAAAUUUUAUACAUGAAUAACAUAAACGGAGAUCGACCGAGCCUCCUUCGUAAAUCUUGUGCACAAUAUAAAUAAUCAAGAGACAAUUAAGAAAAAAAAAAAAAAAAAAAAA